GAAACUUUGUAAAUUGUAUCUGGUAGCAUAGUUCUGGCAUUGAAUACUUACUGUUAGCGAUACAGACUGGUUGACAAAAUGCCGGUGGCAAAUGUGAUUGAUGAUUUCGAAACGGCCUCUUGGCCAGAUGCCUUGCCGCAUCCGGAUGCGGAGUUUGUGUUUUCCAUUGUGUGUGGAAACUCGCACUAUCGAUGGUGUGUUCUUUCUAAGGAUCCAACGGAUGGAACGCUGUCACCGACUUUAUUCUGGAAAACUGCCCCUGUACCAGCAAACGAUAUGACCGAAGAUUCUUCUCGCAUUCUGUUGAGAUACCUUCCAGAUCAGGCCAAAGACUACAUUUUUGGCGUUGACUCUUACACGCACACUCGUGAUCGGGCUUUGGAGUUUUGCAACUCCCGACGUAUGCCUAUUGUCCACGUCUACGUAAUUUCCACCAACGCAGCGCACGAAAAGGGGAUUGCCUUUUUAUUUCGGGACAUUCCAUCCCGUGUUUUGCGUUUGGGCAACACGGACUUUUACACACGCCAGCAAGGCUGCUACGACACAUUGGGGGUAGACCGGGCAGCUGCAGCCCGGGCUGCGGCUGGUUUGUACGGCUACCCCUGUUUGGUCAUUGACGGUGGCACCGCGCUGACGUAUACGGCGGUCGACGUGGAUGGCCAACUGCAGGGUGGAGGGAUUUGCCAAGGCCUUAAUCUUCGCCUAAAGUCCUUUGCACCCUAUACAGAUACACUCCCAGCAAUUAAACUGGAAUCAGCUUUGGCGAUUCUGGAAAAAAGGCACAAUGCGAACGAGCCGUUCGGGUUGUGUGCCCGACGAAUCGACGACGCUAUCCUCGGAACAAUCAUGAGAGAAAUGGCGUGCUUAUUGCGUAAUAUAGUGGACGAAUGGUCCGCGCAAGCCAUGGAAACAUUCAGCACUAUACCCUCGGAGCAAGGAAACGAAGGCAGUCGAAAGUACAACAAGAAUCUUGUUGUUUGUGUUACAGGUGGCGAUUGUCAGGUUAUUGAGACGCUAUUGCAACCAAACUUUGGCAACAUUAUUGCCAUUGGCGCAUCUACAAGGUACAACUCUUUAAAGACAAAGGAGUCGUCCCCACUUACCAAGCUGAAUGUGAAUAAGCAACUGCUGCACCAAGCUCUACCGGCGCUCAUUCAGGAAAAAGCUAAAACCGGCCAAGCGAAGUUUGAAGACGUUCGAAGAGCACUGAUUGGACAACGUGUUGCGGUGAAGUUUGCAAAAGACGGAAAAUUUUAUCGGGGAACCAUUGCUUCUUGCCAACGGGAUGCUGACUUUACCCGAGAUGUAUACACGGUCUUCUACGAUGACGAACGCGAAGAUAUGGACAUUGAGCAAGUGCAUGCCGCCCUGCUAUUAUACGUCAAGAAGGGAGAAGAGCUGGACUCAUUCGAUGACAGUAUUCGUGAAUCUCAAGAAGAGAAACGUCGCGGAGCAGAUAAGGCUGCUGAACUGCUAGGCCAAGUGAAGUCGACACUGCGACUGGAGCCGACAUCUCCAAAGCAAGGUAUCACUGCCUCCGCCAAAACCUCGUCAACGCUCAACGCUGCAGUGGCAGUUGAGAGCACUGUGCAUGGUAAGGGGGACCGACUCAGGAUUCUGAACGUUUGGAAAAAAAAGGUCCGUCAUUCUGACCCCAAAAACACUUUAUUUUCAGACACUUCAAUUGAAGCGACAGAGGUAGAAGCAGCGGAGGUAGAAAUUGUAGAAGUGGAAAGUGAUGGGAGAAAGCGAAAACGAAGUAUACAACCGCCUUCAGCAGAAAGAACGAUUGUGGAGGUGACGGGGAAAGAUGGAAAAGACUUUAUUGGCUGUCGAGUUGCUAAAUUCUUUGAUGUUGACUUAUAUUUUGGAACCGUCUCCAGAUUUAUGCCCUCAGAAUAUGUGGAAGAAAAGGUUGACGUUUGGGCUAUUGAAUACGACGAUGGGGAUAAGGAAGACUUUGAUGCAUCAGAAUUGCAGGAGCACUUGGCCCUGUACGACGUGCAACAGGGAAAAGACCCGAAUCAAAGUUUGUAAAUCGGUAACAGAAAUCAAGGACCUGUUUGCUGUCGACCGGUGGCCGACGAGUCUUUUUACAUUUCGUCUUCGAUACGAUAAUCUGACAAUCGUAGCAAUGCCUCUUUACCUUGGCAGAGAAAUAAAGCAAAGGUAUCCUGUUUC